CCUUUCGCUAUGUCGGCCUUCAGGAGUUCCCCAAUACUAAGGCUAUGCAGGUCCACACGGUGGCCGACAGUCCAAAACUAUGCUCAGCGACGAUGGAGCUCGUCGGAGGCAUCGACCUCGCCAAAGGUCGACGGACCAGCACAAACCGAGACCAACAAGGCUGAAAUCACAAUGAAACGUUUCUGGAAGGAAGUUGGAAUAGGCAAGAAGGGAGACGACUUCACCGUAACGCUGGAUAAACGUGCUCUGAAAACGCCGUCGGGAAAUACGCUGCUGCUGCCUUCGAACAAGGGCCUUGUUGCUGCCUUGAUUGCAGCAGAGUGGGAUCAUCAGGAAACCCUUCUGAAGCCUCAUGCUCUACCCAUGACCUCAAUAGUUUCAAGAGCUAUUGACAGCUUGGCUGAAGAUAGCACCCGGCAGGAGGUUGAAAAGACCUUACUAAACUAUCUGGAAACAGACACCGUUUGUUUCUUCCACGAUGACCCUGAACCACUCCACCGUUUGCAGACGAAAUACUGGGUGCCAUUGAUUGACUGGGCCCGGUCGGCGCUGGGCCUUGAAAUUGCUGUCUCCAAUUCAGUCCUUUCCCCGAAUCAACCCAGGAAAACGAUUGAAGAGGCUUCCAAACUCAUCAGAGCCCUUGACCGCUGGGAAUUGGCCGCUCUCGAACGGGCGACUAUUGCGACCAAGUCCCUCAUCAUUGGUCUCGCUCUUGUCAAGAAGCAUUUGACUGUUGAGGGUGCCGCUUUGGCCGCAUCUGUGGAGGUGGACAGUCAGAUUGAGAGAUGGGGAGAAGUAGAAGACACGCAUGAUGUGGAUUACCAGGAUGUUAGACGCCAGCUUGGAAGUGCUGCGCUUCUAUUAUCAAAACAAUCAUGAACUCAGGCCCCGAUUUCCUAUCGCGGUCCUUGAUGAUUCUUUUA